AUGCUGGACGAAGGAUUUCAAUUUGCUGAGUACGGAAAGAAAAACGGUAGUAAUACCAUCUUCACCAAGUGGGCUGGCGACGGAAAAGACUACAGCCGCAUAGUCUUCAAGGAAAAUGAAGCAUACGUGUUUUUGGUCUAUGGGGAGUGUACUAUGUUCCAUGGUGCUUUCUUCCCUUCCAUGUACCCCAAGGGUUCCAUUCCCAAGCCCCCCUUGAUGUAUCCACUUGGAGCACCAGCAGAAGAACAACAUGAAAUGGCCAUGGUCAAAUGGCCCGUGUUUGAUAAGGAACAACCACAACAAAACGAGGAACUCCAGCAGGAACGUGGAGACCAUCGGAAGUCAAGCUAA